CGUUAGCAAAAUGGCGGCGCCCAUGAGCGGGGAGAGCGGGGGCUCCGAGCCCGGCGCGGCUCCUUACGGGAACUUCCCGAAUUAUUCCCGGUUCCACCCGCCCGAGGGCCGCAUCAGCCUCCUGCCCCGAGGGCUCCUGCGCAGCCUCUUCCCCGCGGCCGCCCGCCCGCUCCUCGGGCUCGAUGUGGGCUGCAACUCCGGGGAGCUCAGYGUGGCUCUGUACCGRCACCUCCUGGGGCUCCAGGACAGCAAUUCCAGCCCGGAGCCACCAGGAGCCAGCAAGGAGCUGAACCUGCUGUGCUGCGACAUCGAUCCCGAGCUGAUCCGGAGGGCCCAGCAGAGCAGCCCCUUCCCCUCAUCCAUCUCCUUYGCCAGCCUGGACAUCAUGGACUCCAGCACCAGGGAACCCUUCCUGAACUCUUACCUACAGCGUUUCGGCCGCUCCUCCUUCGACAUCGGCUUCUGCAUGUCGGUGACCAUGUGGAUCCACCUGAACCACGGUGACAGGGGUUUGCUGGACUUCCUGGCCCUGCUGGCCUCCCUGUGCACCUUCCUGCUGGUGGAGCCUCAGCCCUGGAAGUGUUACCGGGCGGCUGCACGCCGGCUGCGCAGGCUGGGCCGCCGGGACUUCGAGCAUUUCCGCUCGCUGCGGAUCAACGGGGACAUGGCUGAGAGUGUCACCCGCAUCCUGACACAGGAAUGUGCCAUGGAGCUCGUCCGUUCUUUCGGCAGCACCAGCUGGGACAGGAGCUUGCUGCUCUUCAAAUCCACCGGUGCCCACCCCGAGGACUCCCGCUGAUGAGUGGC